AUGGCUCCCAAGAAGGACUCUGCUUCCCUUGACAAUGUCGGUUGCAUCGCUGGGUUUGACGCCCGUGAGACGCGUAUGCUUGCGGCGGCGUAUAUCGCUCAGACUGGCCCUGACAAAUACGACUACAACGUGAUGGCUACCUUGACUGGUAAUACCCCUGGAUCUCUCCAGAAGAUAUUCCCUCCCGUCAAGCGCAAGGCAGCUGAAGCGUAUCCAAAAUUCUCUGCCUUUCUCGGCGGCGACGUGUCUAAGACCGCCAAACCAAAGACCGUUCGCAAACGCAAGGCCGAGUCCACCGAAGCUGCUGAGCGUGGUGACUCUAAUGACGCUGACACGGAGACUCCCGCUGAGCCGAAAGCCCAGAAGGUUUCUGGAAAAGGCAAGGGUCGAGCGUCCAAGAAGGCCAAGGUCAUGCAGGACAACGAGGAGAAUAUCGAAAUGAAGGCUGGGGAAGAUGACUCGGCUGAUGGCGGCGAU